AUGAGAUCUAUCGGUUGGACGAUUGAAGAUUGGGUCAAAUACCAUCGGCAUUCAAGCGAUGAGGAUUCACUUUCAGUAUUAUUAGAAUUAGUAAUGCUGCAGGAGGCUUCUCCAGAAGAUCCGGCUUGGAUAGCUUUAGCUUCCAAGGACAGUAUCAUCCAUCAAUGGAAUAUAUUAAAAUUGAAACCUCAAAAUAAACAAUUACCAUUGUACGGCGUGCCGGUAGCAGUGAAAGAUAGUAUUGAUGCCUAUGGUUUUAAAACUACUGUUGCAUGUCCCUCUUACGCCUAUGAUGCUCCCAAGGAUGCGACAGCUGUUUCAUUAUUACGUGAAACAGGCGCCAUUAUCAUAGGCAAGACUAACUUAGACCAGUUUGCAACCGGGCUUGUUGGUACAAGAUCUCCUUAUGGUGCGACUCCUAAUACAUUCUCCCCAAAUCACGUUAGCGGUGGCUCUUCUUCAGGAUCUGCUUCUGUAGUAUCCAGAGGUAUAGUUCCAUUGGCUUUAGGAAGUGACACAGCUGGAUCGGGACGUGUUCCAGCUGCCUUGAAUAAUAUAAUUGGAUUAAAACCUUCGAGAGGGUGUGUAUCAUAUGCAGGCUCUGUUCCGGCGUGCAGAACGCUUGAUUGCAUUUCAAUUUUAACGUUAAAUCUUCAGGAUGCCCAACUUGCCUUCUUUAUUUUAGCAAAGCCUGACUUCGCUAACUAUGAGUACUCGAGACCACUCCCUAAAAAUCCAUUGCUUAGGUUUAGGAUGACCCCCCGUAUUGCAGUUCCAUCGAAAUUGUUUUGGUUCGGUGAGCAAGAAAACCCAAAGUUAUUUGACAAAGCAGUCGAUACAUUACGUGCUAGUGGUGCCGAAACUGUCCUUUUUGACAUCAAACCUUUAGUAGAGUUAUCUAGGUGCCUUUAUGAGGGUCCUUGGGUUUCAGAGAGAUAUUCUCUCCUUAAAGAUUUUUUCAAUUCUGAACCACCACUGGAAGAUCUUAAUCCGAUAACCACAAGUAUUAUAAAAGAAGGUUCAAAAUAUUCCGCAGCUAAUGCCUUUGAGUUUGAGUAUAAACGCCAAAGGAUAUUAUCUGAUUUGAAUCUACAUUUAGAGAAUAUAGAUGCUAUAGUGGUCCCAACAUGUCCUUUGAAUCCUACGAUGGCUCAAGUUGCCGAAGAGCCCAUUAAAGUGAAUUCUUACCAAGGAACUUACACAAAUUUUGUAAACUUGGCAGACUUAGCAGGAUUAGCCAUACCAGCAGGAUUUAGACCAGAUGGGCUUCCUUUCGGAAUAACCCUUCUUGGUAAAAAAUUCACUGAUUACGCACUCUUGGAUCUUGCAGGCCGGUACAUGAAGAUCUACUCUAACCAUGAAGGUAGGAGAGCAGGCUGCACUAUGAAAGCUACUUUAGAUCGUUUGCUUCCACUUCCAACAUCUAACAUGAAUAGUCAAUUCAAAGUGGCUAUAGUUGGUCAGUAUCAAUCAGAUGGUGAUUUACACAGGCAAUUGCUUGAUUUGAAUGCUUACUUUAUUGGCGUCGAAUUCACAUCGUCAAGAUAUAGACUCUUUGCUAUAACCAGAGAUGACACUUAUCAGGAUUGUCUUUUGAGAGAUGUUGGUCCGAAAUGCGGUAAAAUGAUUUCUACAGAAGUUUAUGGAAUUCCAAGAGAAAGAUACUGGGAUUUUGCGCACUUGUUUCGAGAUACGUGGAAACCUUGUUCUAUUGAAUUGAGUUCUGGAGAAAGUGUCAUAUCAUUUAACUGUGAAGAAACAGUAUUGUCUCGGUCAACAGUCUUGGAUAUAACUGACUUUGGUAGCUAUAAAGCAUAUAAAAAGUCACACAUACAAAAGGCUAAAAUCUUUGAAAAGGUCUUAGUCGCAAAUAGAGGUGAAAUAGCAGUUAGAAUAAUAAGAACUUUGCAAAAAUUAGCAAUUAAGUCUGUGGCUAUUUAUUCUGAAACAGAUAAAUACGCACAGCACGUCUUAAUCGCAGACGAAUCCAUUCUGUUGGGUGACUCUUGCACACUGGAAACCUAUCUUAACAUAGAGAAAAUAAUAUCUUUGGCGAAGAAAGCAAACGCUCAAGCAAUUAUACCUGGUUAUGGGUUUCUCUCUGAAAAUGCUGAAUUUGCUGAACGGUGUUUUGACGAGAACUUGGUGUUUGUAGGUCCGUCUGCAGAAUCCAUCCGCAAGUUGGGAUUAAAGCAUGUUGCUAGGGAAUGUGCAGAGAAAGUGGGGAUUCCCUUAGUUCCUGGAUCUGAACUCAUAUAUGAUAUGAAUGAGGCUAAAUCAGUAGCUAAGAUAAUAGGAUUUCCUGUGAUGGCUAAGUCCACUGCCGGAGGUGGUGGAAUUGGCCUACAAAAGGUCGACUCAGAACAAGAACUUGAAACAGUAAUUCAACUGGUACGUCAUCUAGCCGGUGAUUAUUUUGGAAAUUCCGGUGUUUUUUUAGAGAAAUUCAUUAAAAAAGCAAGACAUGUUGAAGUUCAGAUUUUAGGAGAUGGAAAGGGUCGAGCUAUUGCCCUAGGUGAAAGAGAUUGCUCAGUCCAAAGAAGAAACCAGAAAAUAAUUGAAGAGACACCAGCUCCAAAAUUACCCGAAAAAAUAAGAAGGGAGAUGCAUGAUGGUGCUUGCAAGUUGGCCUCGAUGAUGAACUACAAAUCUGCUGGAACGAUAGAAUUCUUGUUCAUCGAAGAAGAGCAAGUUUUUUAUUUUCUUGAAGUGAACACUCGACUACAAGUUGAGCAUCCAAUUACAGAGAUGGUAACUGGCAUAGAUAUUGUAGAAUGGAUGAUAAAGAUAGCAUCAGACAUAUCUCUCAAUUUUGAAAAAAAUUUUGACAUCCAUGGUGUCUCUAUGGAAGCACGAGUUUAUGCAGAAAAUCCAAUUAAAGGGUUCUUGCCAUCACCCGGCGAGUUGUUUGAGGUGAAUCUUCCCCAAUGGCCACGAAUAGAUACUUGGAUUAAAAGUGGGACUAUCGUAACUACUGAUUACGAUCCAACAUUAGCAAAAAUAAUAGUUCAUGGAACUGAUAGAAGUGAUGCCUUGACAAAGUUGCAAAAUGCACUACAGGAAACUUCAUUAUUUGGAUGUGCGACUAAUAUUGACUAUUUGCAGUCCGUCGUAACAUCGAAGGCUUUUGCAGGGGCUCAGUUAUCUACGACAAUGUUAGAUUCUCACCAUUACAAGCCUAGUGCUUUUGAAGUUGUCGCUCCUGGGCCUUUUACGACAGUACAAGACUAUCCAGGAAGAGUAAACUACUGGAAAAUCGGCGUGCCUCCAUCCGGCUGUAUGGAUAGUUAUGCUUUCAGAAUGGCUAACAGUCUUGUAGGUAAUAGUGAAGGAGCAUCAGGACUCGAGGCAACAUUGUCAGGUCCCAAAUUAAUUUUUCAUGGCGAUUCAGUUAUUUCAAUUACUGGAGCUGACUGUGAUGUUUUUUUAAAUGAAGUGAAAGUGGAUCAAUGGAGCCGAGUUAUAGUUAAAAGCGGCGAUAAUAUUUCAAUUGGAAAAAUUAGAAACGGAUGCAGAGUUUACAUGGCCAUUCAAGGCGGAAUUGAGGUCCCAGAGUACUUAGGGUCUAGAUCAACCUUUGUACAAGGAAAAAUAGGCGGCUACAAUGGAAGAAAACUUAAAAUUGGGGACACAUUAUUUUUUGGCGACAAGAAGCAUGCCAAGUUUUCAAGUGACCCUGAUAAGUGCCGAAUGACGAAAUUACCAAGCCAAUUGAUUCCUUCUUAUGUAAGCAGUGAAGCAAAUCCAUGGAUUAUACAUGUGACAUAUGGUCCCCAUGGCGCUCCAGAUUUUUUUGCCAAUGCAGAUGCUCUCUUUGAUCAUAAAUGGAAAGUACAUUAUAACUCCAAUAGACUUGGUGUAAGACUUUUAGGACCAAAGCCGCAAUGGGCUCGAUUGGAUGGUGGAACGGCAGGUUUGCACCCAUCAAACACACAGGAUUAUGUUUAUUCAAUGGGGGCAAUCAACUUCACUGGGGACGAACCGGUAAUUAUAACGAAUGAUGGUCCUUCUUUGGGAGGUUUUGUCUGUCAGGCUGUUGUAAUUGAAGCUGAUAUGUGGAAGGUUGGCCAAGUGAUGCCUGGCGAUUACAUUCAGUUCGUACCAGUUACUUACUUUGAUGCUAAAGACUUAAAAAAUCAUCAGGAAGCCCUAAUUAAAUAUAUGAGUGGAACACUUGAAAAGGAUCCAAAACUGAUUGCAUUGCCAGAGCAGUGUAUAUUGGCCAAGUACAGUCCUACAACUAACGGACCAAAUGUAGUGUAUCGCCAAGCUGGAGAUCGUUACAUACUAAUGGAAUAUGGGGAUAAUGAAGUUGACUUAAAUACUUCAUACCGAAUUCAUGCCUUCAUAGAGUAUAUUAACAAAAAUAAUGUUGCGGGAAUUGUCGAAUUAUCCAGAGGAGUACGAUCUAUCUUGGUUGAAUUUGAUUCGAAUAUAUUGCAAGCAGACUUAUUAGAGACGCUACAGAUUGUAGAAAAAGAAAUUCCUUUUUCUACAGAUUGGAAAGUCCGCUCAAAACUCUUUAGACUACCGAUGGCCUUUGAAGAUAGUAGAACACUUGAUGCUGUUAAACGAUAUAAAGAAACAAUCAGAGCGGCCGCCCCUUGGAUUCCCAGUAAUGUUGACUUUUUAGCGGAGCUUAAUCAGAUUGAAAGAAACGAUGUCAAAAAAAUACUCUAUUCUUCAAGAUAUAUGGUUUUAGGACUUGGUGAUGUUUUCCUAGGUGCUCCUUGUGCUAUUCCUCUUGAUCCGCGACAUAGGCUAUUGGGUACAAAGUACAACCCAUCGAGAUCGUAUACACCUUGUGGUACAGUUGCUCUUGGUGGAAACUAUCUAGGCAUAUACGCAAUGGACUCUCCAGGUGGAUACCAAUUAGUAGGCAGAACUCUUCCUAUCUGGAACAAACUUUCUAUAGGUGAUUUUUCUAUCACAGGAAGACCGUGGCUAUUUUCACCAUUUGAUCAAAUAAAGUUCUACGAGGUUUCUGAGAGUGAAAUUAACGACUACACUGAACGUAUGAACAAUGGGAAUUUUAAGUUAGAUAUCGAUGAGGUUGAUUUCGACCACUUUUCAUAUCAGCAUUGGAUAGAGACUGAAUCAGAAUCUAUAGCAGAAUAUAAAGAAAAGCAAAAGGGAUGCGAUAAGAGGCUCAUAAAUCUGAUUAAGGCUCCCGAAGAGCAUUUGUGCAGCCGUGCUGAAACCUCCUUGAAAAGAGAUCUGGGUGCUUCUGUGGGUAUAUAUUCAGAAUUUUCUGGGAGAUUAUGGAAGUCCUUGGUUUCAGUAGGACAGUUUGUACAGAAAGGUGAUAGUUUGUUAAUCAUUGAAGCCAUGAAAACAGAAAUGAAUAUAGUAGCCAAUGAAACAGGAGUCUUAGUUUCGAUGACUUUUAAUAAUGGAGAUUUGAUUUACGCAGGUGAUUUAGUUGCUCAAAUCGAGAAGGAGUUUUAG